AUGCAGAGCGACGCAGCAGUAGACGACGUCCGCGCCAACGCGCUCGCGCAGAUCGACAUGCUGCAUGAGGGUAUCCUGGCGUACCACAAGCAGUUCCUCCAGGGCCAGGCGGCAAAGGAGGUCGAGGAUGGGCGCCCCAAGGAUGCAUCCAAGCAAGACGACGCGAACCAAGAGAAUGUCAAGCUCGUCCACGAGCUCCGCGAGAGCUUGCAGCAAGCGCUUCGGCGGAAGGAGGAGCUCACGACCGAGAUGGCGGCCAGUCGACUGCAAGAGGUGCAGUGGAAGCGACAAAUCGACCAGCUCAAGCACCACCAAACUAUGUUGACGUCGCAGCUCCAGCACCAGCAAGCGACCCACGAUGCCCAGCGCAAGCAGCUCCAGAUGAAGGACACGCUCCUCACCAACUACCGGUCGUCGAUCCGUACGCUCGAGAACAAGCUCAUCUCCAACGCCAAGCGCUGA